GCUCGCGCGUAUCGGGUGACAGCGGGGAGAAGUUGGACGUCGCGUCCGCAGCUCGGAGACAAGCUCGAGCCGUCAUGGCGAGCGAGGCUGCCUCGCGGCUCGGCGGCGGGGAGGAUGAGGAGGGCGACGAAGAAACAAUGGCCGCGGGCUUUUACGACGACGACGACGACCUCGACCUGUUCUCGGAGGGAAACCUGGACUGCGGCUGCGAGGACGGAGUCCUGGGCUUCAGUGACUCCUUCAGUGGGGAGGUGAAACCCCGCAUCCUGCUGAUGGGCCUUCGGCGCAGCGGCAAGUCCUCCAUCCAGAAGGUGGUUUUCCACAAGAUGUCCCCCAACGAGACCCUCUUCCUCGAGAGCACCAACAAGAUCUGCCGGGAGGACGUCUCCAGCAGCUCCUUCGUCAGCUUCCAGAUCUGGGACUUCCCCGGGCAGAUUGAUUUCUUUGACCCCACCUUCGACUACGAGAUGAUCUUCAGGGCCACUGGUGCUCUGAUCUUUGUCAUCGACUCACAGGAUGACUACGUGGAGGCUCUGAGUAGGCUGCAUCUCACAGUGACCAGUGCCUACAAGGUCAAUCCGGACAUUAACUUCGAGGUGUUCAUCCACAAAGUGGACGGUCUGUCGGAUGACCACAAGAUGGAGAAGCAGAGGGACAUUCACAAACGCGCCAACGACGACCUAGCAGAUGCUGGCCUGGAGCGGAUCCAUCUCAGCUUCUAUCUUACCAGUAUCUAUGACCACUCAAUAUUUGAGGCUUUCAGCAAAGUGGUCCAGAAACUUAUCCCGCAGCUGCCGACUCUGGAGAACCUGCUAAACAUCUUCAUCUCGAACUCCGGUAUUGAGAAGGCCUUCCUGUUUGACGUGGUCAGUAAGAUCUACAUCGCCACAGACAGUAGUCCGGUGGACAUGCAGACAUACGAGCUGUGUUGUGACAUGAUCGACGUGAUCAUUGACAUCUCCUGCAUCUACGGUCUGACGGAAGAUCAGGCUGGCUCCCCCUACGAUAAGGAGUCUAUGGCCAUCAUCCAUCUCAACAACACCACGGUCAUGUACCUGAAGGAGGUCACCAAGUUCCUGGCCAUGGUCUGCUUCCUCCGCGAGGAGAGCUUUGAGAGGAAAGGGCUGAUCGACUACAACUUCCACUGUUUCAGGAAAGCCAUCCAGGAGGUGUUCGACGUGCGGGUCAGGGUUCAGAAGAACCGCAAGCUCCAGAGGAGGUGGAGCAAACAGGCCACCCCCAACGGCGUCUUCAACGCACACUGAGAGCCACCCAUCACGUCACAGACUAGACGCUUCACUGUGGCUGAACUUCACCGGGGGGGGGGGGGGGGGACAAGGACCUGGAUGGAGGGAGCAGUACUCCCACAGUGAGAACCAGGCUCCAGGUGGACUUUGUCUGAUACCGUGGGAGGUGCUACAGAGCCGUCCAACGGUCUUUCUCUCACACAGAGGAUGUUCGGGGGCUCUGUUUUGCCAGCACCAGUGUCAAAUAUGUCAUUAUAAAUUGCGUUUCUGUUACGUCAUUUGACAGUGCGGGUGGUUUGGAAGUUGGGAGUGAAUAAGCUAAAGAUACCAAACCAUCAUUAAAAAAGUCUUCUUCUUUUAGCGCCCCCUUCGGGUGAACAGGUCUGCGUGGAGAAGGACAUGACGGGAUGAACAGCACUGGAAAUGGCCCACAUGGCGUGCAGGUUUUUCCAUCCCCUCCAUCGUCCGGCGAAUGUUUUUGAUGAGGCUGUGCUGCACGCGGGGAGGCCGCACGCGGGGUUUUUGGGUGGAGGGGGUCAUUUGUUAUUUAAAACCAGCUGACGGAUUUACACCCGAUUCCCAUUUUAUUAUUAUUUUUACUUUUAGAAAAGUUUGCUAAAAGUGUGCUUAAAGCUGCACUGUGCAUGUUGUGAAAAGGAACGCUGCGCUAAGUAGCCGUUUCGCUUUAACGCUCCAGAACGACCGGGAUUUCACUCCUACCUAAAACGACCAUGGGCGGUCAAAAUGACCGCCGGUUUUUAAACUCUACAUUCUGUCGAGAUAAAUGCCCAGUUGGGAUAUUAACGCAUUGCAUAUGUUAGUGUGUCUGUUAGGAAACGACUGACACCAAAAUUAACAUUUUAACAACUAUAAUACUAUUCUUAAACAGUUUAAACUUCAGAGAGACGUGGUGGAACUUGAAUAACAAACCUGAAAAAGUGAAAAUAUGACCUGAAAAACAAAACGGAAAACACAUAUUGUUAAUCUAACAAACAUAACAAGGCUAUAAAAUGUGAAAUGUACAAAAAAAAGAGAAGAACUGAAAAUAAAUAUUGAAACAGUCCCAAAUAACAACCAGAACUUAAAAACCACUAGAACGACCGUGUGCGGUCAUUUUGACCGCCGGUGUUUUAAACUCUAUAUUGUGUCAAGAUAAAUACCCAACUGAGAUAUUAAUGCAUUACAUAUGUUAGCAUGUCUGUUAUGAAACUAACUGACACCAAAAUUAACAUUUUAACAACUUUUAAUAUUAUUUUUCAAACAAUUUAAAAUGGCGGCUGUCCAACGCCUGUAAAUCCUGCAAGGCCACGCUGGUAGUCAUGGUGCAUCUGUAACCAGACAUGUUGGAAAUAAUCAAACAUAGACUAUUUCUCUCCACUGGAUGGCGCUAGUGUGUUCCUAGGACAGAGCAACGAACUUCACGAAGGAAAUGACACCACCAACACACGUCAUAAAUACCGACAUGACUCGCAAAUUACGAGACGGUCAUUUUGACCGCUCGUGGUCGUUUUAGGUAGAGCUUAUGGUAACUUUUUUGUGCAAUUGCUCUAAAACUCGUUUUAAUGCAAAUAUGUGCAGUUUUAGGAGCGUUCAGGGGGCGGCAGGUCUGUAUCGUUCUUUUGUUUCACACUUAUUAAACUGAGAGUCCAAAACGGUCAUAAUGACCGUCUCGGUCGUUGGUUUGGGUCACAUGGUGUCAUGGCUGAUCGCUGUUGAGAUCAGUUCCCUGGACUGAAAUAAAGAGCUUUUUUUACA